AUGGACAAUGGUCAGAAUACCAGCCGGAUAAAACGGUGCAUGAAAAUUCAAGGCUGUUGGCGAUUAAUGCAAAAUAACCAUCUUCCUGUCAUCUUACCCAAGGCUAACUGGAAUACUCGCGUUCGUCUGCGUUCACGCGACGGUAUCAAUUUCUGGCUUGAUGUUGAUCCAGAUUAUCAGCUCCGUGCCCAGGACCAUGAAAGUCUCAUCCGGGCCGCUUUGGGCAAGCUCAGUAUUCACAACCAAUGGUGGAUCGCCGAUGUCUAUGUAGUGGAAGAGGACGACGACCAUGACACCAAUCCUGAUACUGUGAAGCGAUUUUUUCGGUCACUGAACGAGCGAUUCCCUAACGAUCGUCGGCCGCCUGAUGGAUUGAUAUAUGAGCGGAUUCGUUACUAUGAAGGCUAUCUAGACGGACCAAUAGAUGAGUGGGCUGCGAAAGAUUGGUGGGCCAUGCUGGAGACAACGCCUGGCAGUAAAAAGGGAAAAUACCUUCGCGCAUUCUUAAAGCAUCCACAAUUUCCCCAGAAAUUGGAUUCCCUGCUGGUCAUUCCUGGUCUAUGGGGAGGAAUGCGUAUUGGUCUUUUACACAAGUUGCUAACCAUGCAUUGCGAUGAGGUACGUCACUGUCUGGAAAUGCCGAAGCUUUCGCUGAUGCUUUACGUUGCAGCCAAUCCUAUGUUAUUGGAACUUGAUUUUGAAGACCUUUCUGAAAAUCGUGGGGGACCGUCCAGAGCUCCUGCCUCUGAUGGAUGGAGCAACGAUGAAAUUGCUUCAAUCUCGCGCACCUAA